AUAAACUUUUUUUUAUAAUGGGUUUUUUAUUUGUUACGUUUUUAUUUGCUAUAUUAACUCUAAUAAAUGCUUAUAAAGUUUUGCUUCCUAAACCCGGUGACAAAUGGGAGCCUGGUUUACAUCAAGUUACAUGGGAAGCUGUGGAUGAUACUAGCACGGUUAAUGUGUAUCUUCAUAGAAAUAAUGAUAACCCUCCUUUUUAUCUUUUACUAGCUGCAAAGGUUCCUUUAAAAGAUGGAAAGGCGGAUGUUCCUAUACCUUACAAUGUUAUUCCUGGUUCUGAAUAUACGAUUUUACUUACUUCACUAAAUCCAUAUGAUGUAUACACUUCUAGUGGGGGAUUUGAAAUUACGGAGGCGAAGGAUGGUUUGAAAGGUGUAUGUGUUGAUUAUCUUAAGGAUGAUGGUUCUUCUACAAUUGGUCCUAUACCUGGUGAUACUAGACCCGUUACCACAUCACUUCUGCCGCCAUCACCAACACCACCAUCACCGGCGCCACCUGCACCAACACCGGCGCCACCUGCACCAACACCACCAUCACCGGAGCCGCCUGCACCGGCGCCUCCUGAGGGUGAGGUUGAAAAUUGUGAUGAAUGUGACGAAUGUGAGGAGUGUGGCGAAUGUGAGCCAGGUGAAGGAUGUGAUUGUGAUGCUGAUGAUCAUGGCGAUGACGACUAUGAUAAAGAUGAAGAUCAUGGUCAUUCCCAUGAUGACGAUGACGAUGACGACGACGAUCAUGAGAAUGACCAUGAUGAUGACGACGACGACGACGAUCAUGGUCAUUCCCAUGAUGAUGACGACGAUGGCCACGAUCAUGGUGAAGAUAAGAAUAAAUUAGCUAAUAUUGGUUCUACAAAUAUAGUUACUAGAUUUUGGUUAACAAUGAUGGCUACUAUUUCUACCAUAUUAUUUCUGUGA